AACAAGAGCUCGGAAGGCUAUGGUAGAGUAUGUUGGCCAUCGUCUUUCCAAGCUUUCCUUGCUCUACGUUACCUUUCUUUUGGGAUGAUAAGCUCCAAAAGUUAGUUUCUGGUUGUACAUGUCUUGCAUCUUUUGAGCGUGCAUGGUAUAUUGCUCUUUAAUUUCUUGUCUUUUCUCCUCUUCCUUCUCGUGAGCGCUGCGGCUCCCAUGGGCCGCGCUUUCACUGACCAACGCUCUUCUUCUGUAUUUUAUUUCCUAAUUUUGUUGGCGCAUGGAGACGAUGGCUGGACCGUUGAAUGUGAAAGUAAUUGGGACCGAGACUGGCCGUUGACAGCCUGAGAGGAUAGGUUCAAUGUAGUACGCGUGCAGUUAGUCAAUGGAACCAGCGGCAGGUUUAUACAAAUCUUGAAUGUUUGUUUGUUUGUCUGAGGUCUGACAAAAGGCCGAGCCCUCCCGAUUACAUAAGGCGAGGGCAUGCGUUUUUAUUUUCCAAAGGUAGAACAUGUCUCUUCCUGCUCCUCCUUCAUGUUAAGACUAUUAAUUCCUUUCUUUUGUUUGUUCUUUUCGUCAUUCACUUUCUAAUUUUCUGUUUUCUUUCUCCCUACCCUCCUCCCUCUGCCUGCACAUCCAUAUCAAUCAUCAUGGCGCUAGCCGCUGAUCAGCAGAAGAGGAUCCUCAAGGUCUUGAUGACAUCUUUACUUCUGGAUUUGAUAUCCUUUACCUUCAUUUUACCGCUAUUCCCUUCUUUAUUAACUUUCUACCGCAACCAAGAUCCCUCCCCCACAUCUCUCUUGAAUCGCUUAUUCCACUACCUAAACGCUUACAAGAACGCUUUCGCCAAACCAAUCGACUCCCGCUAUGAUAUCGUUCUUCUAGGAGGUGUAAUGGGCUCUCUCUUUUCUCUCCUACAGGCCCUUGCCGCCCCAUUCAUCGGGCAUCUCUCCGACAAACAUGGCCGCAGAACGGCGCUUCUAUGCUCAAUGGCAGGCAAUACCAUCAGCGUCGCGCUCUGGGUUGCUGCCACAGAUUUCCGUACCUUCCUUGCUAGUCGCAUUGUUGGAGGGCUCAGUGAAGGCAACGUCCAAAUGGCUAAUGCCAUUGCGACUGAUAUUAGCGAUGUCAGUCAGAGAGGCUCAACCAUGGCAUUGGUGGGCGCUUGUUUUAGUGUUGCAUUUACCUGCGGCCCAGCGUUAGGGGCAGCUCUCUCCAACGUCACAAUCGUAGUUGCAAACCCUUUUGCAACGGCUGCGGGGGUAUCAUUCCUCUUGAUCCUUGUUGAGACAGUUUAUCUAUACCUUUGUCUCCCAGAGACACACCCUCGUCUCACUAAGCUCAGCCAGGCUAUGUCACAGUCUAACGCUACCAAGUCUACGAAUGAAAAAAGGGCAAAUUCGAUCCCACGCAAGCAUACCAACAGUCCAGUUAUGCUUAAUUUGAUUCAUUUCCUCUUCCUCCUGCCUUUCUCGGGUUUGGAAUUCUCACUUCCCUUUCUGACUGCAACAUUCUAUGCCGGACACAAAGCAAGUCCAUCUGCCCUAAACGGCCGUCUCUUGUCCAUGAUGGGACUGAUUGCAUCCUUGCUCCAGGGAACUGUCGUCCGACGCCUGCCCCCUCUCGUUACUGUCCGCGCUGGUGUGUUAGCUUGCGCCAUCUCGUUUUUUCUACUUGCUCGAGUCUCCUCUCUGCCCGGACUGUACGCCGCAGGUGGACUCCUGGCAGUUACUAGCGCCACUGUGGUAACCGGGCUGAACAGCCUGGGAAGCUUCGAGGCGCAGGAAGGGGAGCGAGGCGCUGUACUUGGCCGACUGAGAAGUUGGGGGCAGGUGGGCCGCGCAGCUGGCCCUCUGCUUUUCUGCUCCCUUUUUUGGUGGGCUGGGCGUGAGAUCGCCUAUACCACCGGGGGAUUUGUGAUGCUUGGUGUCUGCGUGGGAGUGUUUACGACCUUGAAGUCACCUCCUAUUGCAUCUACGGCUCAGAAGAAAAAAUUGUGA